AUGCUUCUCCCACGAAUACUCGUCACAGCCGUGGCGGCUGCGGCCUGGCUGGCUCCAGCUUACGCACUCGAACCGCAGGAUCUGACCGCGAAGGGAUCAUACUUCGUGACCGAAACCUCGCAAGGAGACCAGUAUGUGGUCGGCAUGAACUUUGUGCACAAUGGCGACAUCUACUUCCACAUGUCCGCGCCGACCAAGAACUCCUGGGUCGGUGUGGGCAUCGGCGAGAACAUGGCUGGCGCGUUUAUGCUCAUCAGCUACAAAAGCGCCAACGGAACUGGAGUCACCACAUCACCACGCAUGGGUACCGGUCACAGCGAGCCGGAAUUAAUGGACGUCAACCUUGAAAAGAUCUGGAGUGACGAGUACGCCCCAAACAGCAACCAGGCCAAGAAAGGUGGCAUCAUGAUCUCCCACGCAGUAUGCCGAGGAUGCGCGAACCACUCGAGUGUAGACUAUAAUAGCAAAGCGCAGCCUUUCAUCUUCGCUAUUGGUCCAGAGGACGAGCUGCUCAGUGAUUCGCAGGAUGCCGCGCUAAAACGGCAUGAUUACUAUGGGAAGUUCACCAUGGAUAUGACAGUCGCCACCACCCCCUUGGACUUCUACGAAGGCGCUGAAUAUGGCCGUGUACCGGGUCCGAAUCAUAAUGGCACCGAAGCCGUGCAGAACGAUGAUACUUUCAUCUCAUUUGGCAGUUCGGCAGGUUUCGACGAGCACACGGAUAGUGACACGUACCCGAUUGUCCACGCGGUGAUAAUGAGUGUGGCCUUCUUUGUCAUCUUCCCACUUGGCUCGCUUUUGCUCCGAUGGGUGCAUAGCGUGACAGUUCACUGGGUUGUCCAAUCUUUCGGCCUCGUGAUGGUACUUGUGGGCUUCGGCUGUGGUGUUGCUGUAUCACUGGAGUACAACCGGGGCAAGCACUUCAACUCUGCACAUCAAGUCCUCGGCCUUCUGGUUCUUGCUGGAGUUCUGGUCCAGUUCGGACUUGGCCUAAGUCAUCAUCUCAUUUUCAAACGUACGAAGAAGCCAACGAGCUUCAGCAAAGUCCAUCUUUUCCUCGGACCAUCGAUAAUCGUCCUUGCAAUCAUCAACGGCGGCCUAGGCAUAAAUCUAGCAAGCGAUGAAUUCGCUCGGAUACCAUAUGCCGUUGUCAUUCUGGUCCUCGCCAUAGCCUUCGGCAUCGCACGAACCUACCUCGGUCUCUUCAUGCGCCACAAGCAAUACCAGCCAGACGAAGAAGUGCUGGAAGAAUACCACACCCGACGAGCCAACACCUUCGAGUCAGCAAGCACCAAUAGCCCGUAUAGUGCUUCAAGCGCCUCAAAGCGCUUCGACUUCGGCUAUGGCUCGUCAACGAAGCUUGCUGAAGCUGGCGUGGCGACUACAUACGAAGAAGUGGAAGUGCCGGAAGCUUAUCCCGACCCCAAGACUCCGGCGAGUGCAAUGGACAGGCAUUUCACUUUCGGGAUGGCGUCGCCUGUGACUGUGGCGCCGCCUACACCGCGAUGGCCUAUGCCACGGCCAUUGGAGAGGACGUACAGUUCUAAUUCACGAGAGAGCGAUAGAGACAGUUUCAUUGGACAGGACCAUCCCUCUGUGUGGACGGAUACUGGACGAUGA